AUGGACGUCCGAGUCAAGAAUGAAGAGUCGGAUAACCCAGUAAAGGUUGACGAAGCCGACGUUCCGAUCGACAGGGGAGAGCAAGAUGUCCAAGUAAAAGCGGAGGAGGAGGUUUCCGCUCUCACCCCUCCAUCACCCUCCCAGCUGCGCUGCGCUCUUUCGGUAGGAGCCUCGAGGAUAUCUCCACGAUACCAGAGAUCCUCUUCCAACCUGCCAAUGCAGCAGACUACUGCCCGCCCCGCCAGGCUGGCUGUUCACAGCAACGCUUCUGCCAAUGCCCCCUCGGCCGUUUCGGCCAAUCUCAUGGCUUGUCAAGGUCAAGCUCAUGCUUCACUCCCUGCCCCCUCUUCGGCUUCCGGAUCGGGAACAACAACCAACUUGCCUCCUACUAGAAGCUCUGGAGUUCGUCAACUUGCCACCACGAAGCUGCAGUCUUUCGCCGUCAAGACAAAGUCAGUCUCCAGGCAUCAGCCAGAAUCACGUUCGGGUCCCAACCUGAUUCUCGACUUUUUGGCUAUCCCGCUAUCUACUCCUCCGUCGCAAUCCGACCAGUACAUUCAUGGCGGACGUAGACCCGUUAGCCCCAUGAAGACGAUGAAGCCCAUGACUGGGCCGGUCCAUCCUGUUGCCGCGCCCUUCUGCAAGGAGACCCGAGCUAGGCUCGACGACAAGCCUCAUGAGGACUGGAUCUACACGACUUCGACCGGGAGCAUCAAGAAGCUGCCUCAGCUGGGCAGCUGUGGCCCUUGGCAAGUUUCUCUGCCUUCCAAGAUGGACACCGCUAUUCACAUCGACCCUUAUAUCGAUCGACUGAGCCAUCUCCUAAAUGUCCAGAUCGAAUCUACCAAAUCUCCCCCCUCAAUCCACGUCAAACUCUUCAAGUCUCAGCUCGCUGAGCAGGCGAAGCACUCGUACUUGCUCGAAGAGCACACAGCUAUGAAAUGGAAGGCCUGGGCGGUUCUAGCUGCUUGGGUCGACCACUUGGUUCGACGCGGCGCCCCGCCAGCCAUUCCUCCAAUUGACCUGGUGAGCUUUGUGAGAAACAAGCUUCUGGCAGAGGGCCGCCGCGCAAGGGAAACCGCAGUAGACCUACUGCACGACCGGCAGGGUGUUGUGCUGCUCCCCAAGGGACAUGGCACAUUGCAGAUGCCGAGACUGACUCCUGCUGACCUUAUACCACUGUCUAAGCCGUCUCCGCCUGGUACCCGGAAACCUAGUCUGAUGCCGACCAAAAGACUACCGCAGGCCUCCAAGUAUGGGCACAAGCAUCUGCUCACUGACGAUUCCAGCUCGAGUUCGAGCUCAGACUCAAGUCCGGAAGUUCAGGCAAAGCGCCUGCGUCAUAGGAACUAA